ACGAGUUAUCAGAACUCGAGCAGCUCACGGACCUACUCAGCGAGUCCCUCCCCUACGCCGCCGGCGACGCGGAUGGCUCCCCUCCUCCGUGCGACCUAUUUUCCCCGCUACAGCCGCCUUCGUCAUCUCCGUUUCCCGCUCCUCCUUCUGCUCCCAUCCAGAUCCCUCCGCUCCGCCGCACCCGUCGCCGCUCCCGGCCUCGACCUGACGAACCCUACUUACGUCGUCUGGGGCUGCAACACUGGCGUCGGGAAAACCCUCGUCUCCGCCGGCCUCGCUGCCUCCGUCCUCUCCCCCUGCUCCACCGAUCCCUCCGCUUUCCUCUACCUGAAGCCGGUCCAGACCGGCUUCCCCCGCGACUCCGACUCCCGCUUCGUCUGCCGGAAGGUUUCCGCUCUCUUCCGCCGCUACGAGGGUGGCUCCCUCUCUGGGCUUCUCGCCUCAGACCACGUCCUGAACGCGUCGAGAGCUGCCGCCGGGGAGUUGCUCGGAGGUAGGCUUGAGCAACCGGAUGAGGCGGAGGAGGGUGGCGCGGCGUCGAGAGGACUCUGCAUGUAUGAGGAGACGCGCACAGGGAUGGGGGAGGCGAAGGAGGGCGAAUCGAAAUUGGUUUGCAAGACGUUGUUUGGAUGGAGGGAGGGGAUUUCGCCACACCUUGCAGUAAAGAGAGAGGGCAUGCCGGUGGAAGACUCAUCCUUGAGGGAGUUGCUGGGAAGAUGUUUGGGGCUUUCUCUGGGGGGAGGAGGAGAUGAUGGAGGUAAGAAGCGGAUUUGGAGAGUGAUCGAGACCGCGGGGGGUGUGGCGAGCCCUGGGCCUUCGGGAACUCUUCAGUGCGAUUUGUAUAGGCCUUUCAGGUUACCUUCAAUUCUUGUUGGAGAUGGCCGUCUUGGUGGUAUAUCGGCGACUAUAGCUGCAUAUGAGAGUUUAACUUCUAGAGGAUAUGAUGUUGUAGCCAUUAUCUUGGAGGAUCAAGGCCUAUCUAAUGAGGUGUCCUUGCAGUCAUACUUAAGAAGCAGGUUACCUGUGCUUGUACUGCCACCAAUUCCUGGAGAUCCACUAAACAACCUGCUGGAUUGGUUUUAUGAAUCUAGGCAAACUUUUAGUUCCCUUCAGGACAUCAUGCUGUCUGCUCAUAUAAAAAGGAUUCAGAGAUUACAUGAUAUGCCAAGAAAGGCAGGCAGCCUUUUCUGGUGGCCAUUCACUCAGCACAAACUAGUUCCUGAAAAGAUGGUUACUGUAAUUGACUCACGCUGUGGUGAGAAUUUUGCUAUUCACAAGGUUUUGAAUGACCAAGAGAUGAUCAUUCCACAGUUUGAUGCAUGUGGAAGUUGGUGGACUCAAGGGCCUGAUUCUACCUUGCAGAUUGAACUUGUGAAAGAUAUUGGUUAUUCUGCUGCAAGAUAUGGGCAUGUGAUGUUUCCUGAGAAUGUCUAUGAACCUGCAUUGCAAUGUGCUGAACUUUUGCUCGAUGGGGUUGGCAAAGGAUGGGCAUCUCGAACUUUCUUUUCUGACAAUGGAUCUACGGCAGUUGAAAUUGCACUGAAGAUGGCAUUCCGUAAGUACAUGUCUGAUCAUGGGAUCCAUGCUGAUUUUCACAAGCUGGGGCCAAAAGGAAGCUGUAUUGAGCUCAGGGUCCUUGCUCUCAGUGGAUCUUAUCAUGGGGAUACAUUAGGUGCUAUGGAAGCACAAGCUCCAUCAUCAUAUACAAGUUUUAUUCAACAGCCAUGGUAUUCAGGAAGAGGCCUUUUUCUGGAUCCUCCGGAAUGUUUUAUUUCUAAUGAGAUCUGGAGUCUUUCCCUACCUGAUUGCCUACUGACUAAUCAUCUGAAGCCGGAAGAUACAAGAUUUAGCUCGUGUGCUGAAUUGUUUUGUCCGAGCAGGGACACUUCAGCUGUUGCUAAAAAUUAUGCUAAUUAUAUAUCAAAGCAAUUAUCUGAUUUUGCUGCAUCUAGCCGCUCCAUACAGGUUGGAGCAUUAAUUAUAGAGCCAGUUAUACAAGGUGCUGGUGGAAUGCACUUGGUUGAUCCACUUUUUCAGCGGAUUCUUGUUUGGGAGUGUCAAUCUCGUAAAAUUCCUGUUAUAUUUGAUGAAGUGUUCUCAGGGUUUUGGCGGCUUGGGAGAGAGUCUGCUGCUGAACUUUUAGGUUGUCAGCCAGAUGUGGCAUGCUUUGGUAAAUUGCUGACUGGAGGAGUUGUACCACUGGCUGUAACUUUAGCAACAGAAUCUGUUUUCGAAGCAUUUCAAGGUGACUCGAAGCUAUUGGCUCUUUUACAUGGUCACUCCUAUUCUGCUCAUGCUGUGGGUUGCGCAUCAGCUGCAAAAGCUAUCCGAUGGUUCAAAGAUCCCAAUACUAAUGCAAAUUUUGACAUCGAACGAAAGAUGCUAAAAGAGCUAUGGGACGUAAAACUUGUUCAUGGAUUGUCAUCUCUUCCUGCAGUCCAAAGAGUAGUAGUGCUGGGAACUCUUCUUGCUGUUGAACUCAAAGCAGAUGGCUGUGAUACAGGAUAUGCAUCAUUAUACGCAAGUUCUCUGGUCCAACAGCUUCGUGCUGAUGGUCUUUACAUAAGACCUCUUGGGAAUGUCAUUUACCUAAUGUGCAGUCCAUGUACAUCGCCUCAUUUCUGCAGUCAACAACUAUGCAAAUUACAUCAGAGAAUAUACGAAUUCAGCGAACCUCGGAGAAAAGAAUGAUAAUAUGACAACAAAAUGGACUGAAGAUGGUAUUAUCAUGGUUGAAGUAGUGCCCUGAAACCGAUGUCUUCUCUGUCGGACAACUGACCCACUGACCAUAUAUGCUGCAUAAUACCGAUGAACCUCUUCCCUUCGGAGUUUGACACUAUGUUUGCUUUGGAACUUCAUCUCUAGAUUGAGCUAUUUUCUAUGAGCAAACACAUGAUUUAUGCAGUUAUUGGAGUCCUUUAUUAGACUGAUUCUUUGAUUUCUACAUUGUAUAAAUGUUACUAAGCAUUUGAGCUUUUAUAUUUUUCUUUACGGUUGGUCUUGGAAUUCAGCAUCAAGGGAACAAAAUUUCUACU